AUGCCUAACCCAAUUCUACUGCAUAUAAUGUCAUUGAUGAAGAUAAAAGAUGCUGUUCAGACUUGCAUCUUGUCAAAACGGUGGAGGGACCUUUGGAAAUCCCUCCCUAAUCUUAAAUUACAUUCCUCAGACUUCAAGAAUUCUACUCUUUUCUCUGAAUUUGUAUCUAAGAUUGUGUCAUGCCGUGAUGGCAACCAUCCCUUGCUUAAUCUGGACUUCUACCGCAAUGUUUCAAGUUAUGAUGUCAAGAAAAAAACGAAAAUCCCAAAGUCUCUCAAGCUUCCAGCAUUAGUAAGUUUGCAUCUUGACAAUGUUGGAAUUGUUGCCGAUGACAAUGGUCGUGCUGAACCCUUCUCCAAAUCUGUAGAAGGUGACAGAAGAGCGUUUUUCAUUGCUUAA